GUCCGGCACCGGAAGCGGCCGCUAGCGCCGAGUGCAAAUGGCAUGUUAGGUUGCGGCGGAAUCACGCGGGACCGAAAUAGCGGCUUAUUGGCACUGUAGCUUACGCAAAGUUUGAAAAUGAUACAUUUUUAAGGUGUUUUAUAUAAACGUAUGGGAGAUAUGGUGUACUUUUGUUUCCAGUCAGUAAAAUCUUAUUGCAUGUAGUUAUUGCUAUACUCCAUAUUGAAUAUUUAUUUAACAAAAUAGGUGGAUUCGCGAGUCAAAUUAUAGUUGCGUGAAGUACGAUGCCUUUGAUAAGUCUCAGAGGGGUUGCAGUGGACUUUCCUUUCCCUCCAUAUCCAUGUCAAGAGUAUUAUAUGAGAAAAGUAAUUGAAUGUCUACAGGAUAAGGUCAAUGGUGUUCUGGAGAGCCCUACUGGCACAGGGAAGACACUGUGCCUGCUUUGUGCCACACUGGCCUGGAGAGAUCACUUCAAGGACAGUAUCUCUGCCCGCAAGAUCGUGGAGAGGAUGGGCGGAGCUGAACUCUUCCCCGACAGGCCCAUGUCAUCGUGGGGUACCAGUGCUACGGACGGGGAGACACCAGCUUAUUAUACCGACAUUCCGAAGAUCAUUUAUGCCUCCAGGACUCAUUCGCAGCUAACCCAGGUUGUUAAUGAGCUGAAGAACACCUCGUACAGGCCCAGAGUGUGUGUCCUGGGGUCCAGAGAGCAGCUGUGCAUCAACCCCGAUGUGAUGAAACAGGAGAGCAACCACAUCAAGGUGCACAUGUGUCGAGCGAAGAUCUCCUCGCACUCCUGCAUCUUCUACAACAACGUUGAAGAGAAAUGCACUGACAAGGAGCUUGCGAACACAAUUCUGGAUGUGGAAGAUCUUGUCAAAGCUGGAAACAAACAAAGGGUGUGUCCUUACUACCUGACUCGCUCCCUCAAACAGCAGGCCGACAUCAUCUUCAUGCCCUACAACUACCUGCUUGAUGCAAAGAGUCGAAGAGCGCACAACAUCGAGCUGAAGGGGACCGUGGUCAUUUUCGACGAGGCGCACAACGUGGAAAAGAUGUGUGAAGAGUCCAGCUCCUUUGACCUCACCCCUUACGACCUGGCAUCUGCCAUCGAGACGGUCGACAAGGUCCUGGUGGAACAAGCGCGGGAGGCGGGGAGAGGAGACGUCACCCAGGACUUCAACGUGGAAUCGCUGAACUCAGAAUUGAAACUGAACAUAUCUACAGUAGCUAAAAUAAAACAAAUACUCCUGGAUGUGGAGGCCGUCAUCGAUUCCUUUGAGGUGACUUCCGAAAAGGGCAUCACGAAACCAGGAAGCUUCAUAUAUGAGCUGUUCCAGAAGGCGCAGCUGACAUUCAACACCAAGCCGGCCAUCUUGGAGGCGCUGGAGCAGAUAAUCGGCUACUUGGCAGGACGCCCUGGAAUAUUUCUGAACACUUCUGGGCUACAGAAGCUGGCAGACAUCAUACAGUUAGUGUUCGCUGCGGACUCACUAGAGGGCAGUGCAGGGCUGGAGGAAAACACAAAACAAUUCAAGGUUCAUAUCCAUAAGGACACUAGCAGCCACAAAAGGAAAAAUGCAGAUAUUUGGGCAUCAUCUUCCUCCAAAAAACAAGGGAACAUCCUGAGCUAUUGGUGUUUCUGCCCGGGCUUCGGCAUGCAGGAACUGGUGCGUCAGGGAGUGAGGUGCAUCAUCUUGACCAGUGGCACCCUGGCACCCCUCUCCUCCUUCACCUCCGAGAUGCAGAUCCGGUUUCCGGUGCGUCUGGAGAAUCCUCACGUCAUCCAGCAAGACCAGAUCUUCGUGACUAUAAUUGAAAAGGGGCCCGAUAGUGUGCAACUCACUUCAGCUUUUGACAGGCGGUUUGACCCAGGAAACAUGGCAUCUCUUGGUAACACAGUUGUGAACCUUGCACGCGUCAUUCCCCACGGCUUGCUGGUGUUCUUCCCCUCCUACCCAGUGAUGGAUAAGACCAUUGAGUUCUGGCGGGCCAAUGGACACGCUGACAGAAUAGAGAGCAUUAAGCCGAUGUUUGUGGAGCCCAAAGGCAAAGGAACCUUCACAGAGAUUAUCGAUGGUUACUACGACAAAGUGAAUGACACCAAAUCAAAGGGAGGCAGCUUCUUUGCUGUUUGCAGGGGGAAGGCCAGCGAGGGGCUUGACUUCGCAGACGCCUUCGCCCGGGGGGUCGUCAUCACCGGCCUCCCCUUCCCUCCAAGGAUGGAUCCCAGGGUGAUUCUGAAGAUGCAAUAUCUGGAUGAAAUGUGCAAAAAAGGAACUAAAUGUAUGAAGUAUUUGUCAGGGCAGGAAUGGUAUCGGCAGCAGGCUUCCCGGGCUGUGAACCAGGCGAUUGGCAGGGUCAUACGCCACCGGGACGACUACGGCGCCAUCUUCCUGUGUGACCAUAGGUUCAAGAGCAGUGACGCAAGGGCCCAGCUGCCGUCCUGGGUCCGGCCGUACGUCCGCAUAAACGACACCUUCGGGAAUAUUGUUCGUGAUGUGGCUCAGUUCUUCAGGGUUGCUCAGAAGCUUAGGCCCCCCAUACCGAAGAACCUUCCGGCGACUGGCCACGGAGCAGUGUUCUCUGGGGCCCCCCCGGGCCCGGUUCCGCCGUCCUCCCCUGCUCUUAGCAGCAGCCUGCAGAAGGCCAAGGCGCUGGACUCUCAUGUGCCAAGUCUCAAGAAGAGACGCUUGAAUGAGGCUGAGACAGGGGAGGGAGCUGCCAGGCUCUGUGUCCAGUACGAGGCCGAAAUGCAGGCCGGCAGGAGACGCCCUGUCGGCCUCCUGGAUGCUCUGGAUAGCAACGAUAGGAGGGCCGUAGGAGAGGAAGAGCACCUGGUCGGAGAGGAGAGAGUGAGCCGUUCCUCCACGCUCUCCCUCCAGCAUGACAAACGACUGGAGGACGAGUUACGAAGAGGGAAGCGGAAGAUCAAAGUGGUGUACGAGCAGGAAACGGCUCUACAUCUGACUGCGUCCUGUGAAAGCAGGGCUGACAAAGCACGAUCCUUUUUAGGCGUUAUAAAGAACACUUUGAGUCAGCUGAAUUUCCAGCGAGUCAUGGAAGCUCUUCAGAAGUACAAGAAGACUGACGAUUUGCAGGGAUUACUGACUGACAUUGUGGAUGUUUUUGCCAAAGACUCAAACACACACAACUUGCUCCGAGAUUUCUACCAGUUUAUACGGCCUCACCAUAAAAAAGGGUUUGAUGUGGCAUGUCUGAAGCUGACAGGCACUGGCUGUGGAUACAAACCUGAACACUCUCUGGCCAAGGAGGAGAGAGACAAGUUAAUGUCUCGAUCAGCCGUGAUGACUGAGCCGGAUGUUCGUGCCACUUGCUCCACUGAUCCCAGCUCAGCUUGUGACCAACUGAAUGCUGUCAGCCAGCUUAACAGAGGAGGAUCCCAUCUAACCACAAGGGGUCUGAGCAAAGUAAACGCCCUAGAAGGUCAACCUGGAUGUGUAGAACAAGCUCCAUGUCAGUCUUCCCAGAAGAGAAACUUCUAUUCUGCCUUCCUGUCUGAUGUGAAAAAGGCCAUUGGAGUCGAAAAAUCCAAUCAGUUGUUUUCGGCACUGCAGACGUAUAAAAACACAGACAACUAUGAAAAUAUGGUUUCCACAGUAGUGAGUCUAUUAACUGAGAAAAGUGAAGACUUUAGUCUUCUUAAAACUUUCGCCAUGUUUGUCCGGCCCCAUCACAAACGGCAGUUCCUGGAGCUGCUUAAAGACCUGUCAGGUACCGCGAUACCCGAAGAUGUCAAGGCAGAUCCUGCCAUUACUGUUGAAGCUGCUAAUUCGACUCAAGUGAGAGCACAGAGCAAGAUAUCCUCCUUCUUCUCUUGCAGUCAGAGAAAGUAGGCUACCAGACCAUUUUCACACAAUUACUAUUUCAGAUGCAGUGUCUUAUUGUUGGAAGACACUGGCUACCUCGUCUCGCAUGGUGCCGAUGAUGUACUGGUCCUGAAAUAAUCUUUUGUCAGAAUGGACUGCUGUGGCAAGACCCAUCAAACCAUAAUUAUACAGUUUGCGUUAUACGUCUGGGACCCCUGACAAGGUCAUUGUGCAUUCAGAAGCCAAGUGCCUUUCUGACAAUGUAAAGGAUUCGCAAAGGGGAGUAUGAGCAUGCCAGGUUUUUUUUUUUUAAUCAAGCUUUGAAAAUGUAAAAAUAAAGAAUGUCUGUUAUAAUAUU